CUCCCACAAAGAAGAGAGAGAAAAGAAAGCAAUUGAAUAUAAAAGAAGUACAAUCCUCCGUCAUUACCAAAUUUCUCGCUGUAAAUCUAUUUCCUUCGUCUCUUUGGGUUCAUGUUUAAGAGCAGCUGAGUAAAGCAACCCAGAAACCUAAACCAAGUGAAAAAUGGCGGCAUCAGUGAAGAAAGACACUGGGAAUGAGGAGGUGGUGUCCUUCGAACUCCCUGCUCCUCCUGGUUGGAAGAAAAAGUUUUUUCCUAAGCAAGGUAACUCUCCUAAGAAACAUGAGGUCAUCUUCACAACUCCAACAGGGGAGGAGAUCAAAAACAAAAGAAAGUUGGAUCAGUACCUGAAGGCACACCCUGGUGGCCCAGCAGCUGCCGAAUUUGAUUGGGGCACAGGUGAGACGCCGAGGAGGUCAGCAAGGAUAAGUGAAAAGGCUAAAGCAUCUCCACCAAUGGAGAGUGAGCAUCCAAAGAGAAAAAGAACUUCGGUGUCCAAGAAAGAUCUUAAAGAAACAGAAGCUGAACCAGAAGUUCUGGAGGAGAAGAAAGAAUUUGACAACCAAGAUGCUGGAAAAGAUGGGAGCAGGGAUGAUACUGAAGUGAAAGAUGGUAAGAAGGAAAAUCAAGAUGAGAAGGAAACAAAAGACGAAGCUGCUGAAGCAGAGCCACCAAAACCUGUCGACCAGUUGAAUGCAGAUAAUGAUGCUGAAAAAGAAUAUAAGAUAACUAAUGAAUCAGAUCAAGAAAAAUUGGAAACAAACCUCAAUGAGAAGGAACCUGAAAGCUCUAAAUUAAACCUCAAUGAGAAUCUGGAAGGAGCAAAGCAUGAAGAAAAGAUUGAGCAGCCACAAGUUGAGGAGAAUGAUGGUAAUUUCGGUGAAGCUGUCAAACCUGACACUCUUGUAUCUGAUAAACAAGAAAAAGCACUAGAGAAUCAAAACCCCAAUCAACAGGAUAUUGAACUCGAAGGAGAAAUCAAGGACAAAGCAGGUGCAACUGAAGAGAAGAGUGAGAAACAUACUGAGACAAACAAGACUAUAGAAGUAACUGAGAAUGGCAACCACAGGAAUGGUGGUAAUGAGGUAAACCCUUGAAGACGAUUUUACGUUUCUGGCUUGGGGCCCCUUCAUUUGUCUUUUCGGAAGAUUCAGAUUGCUGGGGAUCUUCCUGGGUAGCUCUGUAAUCCGAAUGUGGUUAAUUGUAGUAAUCUAAUUAUUGACAGAAACAUCCAUCCAUACAAUCAAUAGAUUAGGCUUAUUAUGUUCCAUCACUUGUUGUUCAUUUGUACUGAAUAAAAUUGUAGCACGUAAUGACCUUUGUAACAAUUAACUGUAAUAUGCUUGUACUAUUAUAUUGUCAUGUAAACCUUUGUAAGGUAGAGAUCUAUCCAUACUGAUUUAGUUGGAAUCCUUGUUUGAUCCAUAUGGUUCAUUUCUCCUAAUAUUUUAAGGA